AAGAAAUGCCUGGGAAUGUGUUUAUAGUUGAACUUUCUGUAAGUUUUCCUUAAAACUGCCAACUGAGCUGCCCACUGAGCUGAUACCAAGAGCACAGCAGAUCAAAGAGAAUGUUGUGUGUUGAACUCAAAACGGUCCCUGAGGAAACAAAUACCUUUUGGAUGAAAAGAAAAUGGAGAUGCGAUUAAAUGCUGCCCCUCAAAAAAAAAAAAAAAUGAAAACAAUGUACGAUGAUAAAAACAAUUUGCUAAAGUUAAGGCGUUAUUAACACGUUACCUUGGACAGGCCAUAAUGUAUAAAUAAUCAUUUAUUUUUUAACCUUGGCUCCUACCAGUUGUGACGUUGGACACAUCAUCAUGCAUGGACCCUGGGAUCCCGGUGAACGGUGUGCGGUACGGCCAUGACCUGGCCAUCGGGUCCACGGUGUCGUUCCAGUGUGAGCAGGGAUACCGGCUCAGUCAUGAGGAACCGCUGGUCUGUGGGAAAAACCACUGGUGGAGCCAUCCUCUGCCCACAUGUGACGCAUCGUGCGGUGGGGACGUGAGAGGACCUGGCGGUAUCAUUCUGUCUCCUGGAUAUCCAGAACUCUACCCCAACUCUCUAAACUGCACCUGGACGGUGGAGGUCGGACAUGGGAAAGGGGUCCAGUUCAUGUUCCAUUCCUUCCACUUGGAAGAUCACCAUGACUACCUCCUGAUCACCGAGAAUGGCAGCUUCGUCCUGCCUUUAGCUCGCCUCACUGGCUCCGAGCGCCCGGCGCCCGUCAACGCAGGCCUCUACGGGAACUACAAGGCUCAGCUUCGCUUCAUCUCUGACUUCUCUAUUUCCUUUCAAGGAUUCAACAUUUCUUUCUCAGAGUAUAAUCUGGAGCCGUGUGAGGACCCCGGGACCCCCAGGUUUGGCUGGCACACGGGCAUCAGCUUUGGCAUCGGAGACUCACUGGUUUUCUCCUGCAAUACCGGCUAUCGCCUGAAGGGGGCGAGGGAGAUCUGGUGCCUGGGAGGCGGUCGCCGCAUGUGGAGUGCCCCUCUGCCAAGGUGUGUGGCGGAGUGCGGCUCAACCGUUUCCAACAGCGAAGGAGUUGUGUUGUCGCCCAACUACCCACUGAACUACGACAACAGCCACGAGUGUGUCUACAGCAUUCAGGUGGAGACGGGAAAGGGCAUCAACGUCUCAGCAAGCACUUUCCAACUGGCACAAGGAGACAUUCUCAAGGUCUAUGAUGGAGGGGACAGUGCUGCUGCUGUUCUGGGUACCUACACCGGCUCCACCAUGUUAGGCCUGGUCCUCACCUCCACCUCCAAUCACCUGUGGCUGGAGUUCUACUCAGACCAGGAGCACACAGCAGGGGGCUUCAGACUCAGCUACUCCA